CUCCUCACGCUCUCAACACCGAGCAGUUGCCAUUCGCGAGCGAGCAAAACAAGGCUCGGCCCUUAUUACCAAUUACCACUGCUGCAUGACUUGCUGCUUAUCCGUCCAUUGGGGUUUCGUCUCGCCUCUGUGACGUGGCUGAGAGCCUGCCUCCUGCACCUCUACCCGACGCCUAUACCAGCAGCCUUCGCUCCGGCCUUGGCCUUAGCCUCGCCUCGCCUCGCCACGCAUAUCGCAUAUCGCAUAUCGCAUAUCGCAUAUCCCAAAGUUACUCCCGGCUUCUCCAUGACGCUCCCUCACACGCUGUAACUUGCCCCGACACAGGAGCUGCGCGAAACAGAUAUGGCCUCCGUAGCUGAGGCUCAGGCAGAGCUCAUCAGCUCGCUCUCUCCCGACGACAUCCCCAUCAAACUCCGAUGCGCCAUCUGCAGCAAGCUUGCCAUAAAUGCCUUCCGGCUUCCCUGCUGUGAACAGGCCAUCUGCGAGACCUGUCAAUCGAAUCUUCCUCCUUCCUGCCCCGUCUGCGAACACUCCCCUCUCUCUGCCGAGGACUGCAACCCCAACAAGUCCCUGCGAACCACAAUCCGGGUCUUUCUCCGCACUGCCGAAAAGAAGCGAGAGGCGAGUCGGCCCAAGGAAACCAAAGACUCUGCGCCUCCGACGCCAGUUGAGGCGCCCAAGCAGUCCUUGCCAGCUGUAGAGCCACCCGUUGCGGGUCCGCCCGCUGAAGAAAACCACGGCGCAGACGGGCAAUUAGCAGAAACCGUUUCUGCACCCAAGGAGACGCGCGAGACCGGCUCCCUUCAGCCUGCUGACGAUGAUAUCAAUGGUCAGGACACAACCAUACCCCAGCCAGAUGGCGUAGGCGAGCCCAAGGCCGCGCCGGCCGAUGAAGGCGAGGGAGAACCUGGCGCCGAGGAUUCUAACGAACAGGCACUCGUCGAAAAGGACGAUGGUGGCGACCAAGCUGGCGACGACGAAGAAAACUACGAUUCGGAAGCGAUGAACGGCGGGUUUCCAAACCCGAACUUCUCUGGGUCUGGUGACAUGAACCAGAUGCAGAUGAUGAUGGCAAUGCAGAACGGCAUGACUCCCAACGGCUUUGGUGGCUUUCCCAUGAUGAGCAUGCCAGGCAUGGGCAUGGACCCGAUGACAAUGCAGAACAUGUUUAUGAACGGUGGCUUUCAAGGCAUGGGCAUGAACGGCAUGGGAGGCUUCGGUGGAGGAUUUGGCCAAGGCUCCAAUAAUAACUGGAACGGUUCUCAGUCGUGGAAUUUCGACCAGAAUAAUUACAAUCAAAAUGGUCCUGGCAUGGGAACUGGUGAUUUUGGGAACUUUAACUCAGGAUUCCAGACAGGAUACAAUCAAGGUAAUUAUGGUCACUUCAAUGACUAUCGCCGCAACAACUUCGGACGUGGUCGCGGGCGAGGACGCGGAUACUACGGCGGCUAUGGCCGAGGUGGCUACCAGUUUGGAGGCAACGCAAGCUACCAGGACCAGGGUCAAAUGUCCCAAUUUGGAUCCGGCGUACAGGGCCAGGGACAGGGCCAAACCGACAACAGCGGCGCUGGUGGUCAAGGAGAGUCUGCUGAAGGACAAGAUGUUGACGAAUACGGCCGAGCAGUCCGAGCAGAAGUCGCCGACGGAGACGACAAGACCAAUGAAGCCGCCUCGGGCGGUGACCCAACAUCCGGAGACCAGGAUCCAUCUCGUGAGGCUCUAGGCAAUGAAGCAGGCGGCGAUGUUCCCACGGGCCCCAAUAUGGGAUCUGCAGGAAACCCCCACCAACGCAAUGGCUCUGGGACUAUCCGAUCUGUUGUCGUCGCGCCAGACGUUCCUAUUAACGCACCGACAGGACCCAAGGCGAUGCGACAAGGCCUCCCCAACACGAGCCUUCUCAACCUCCGAGCAAGAGGCUAUCAGGUGGGUGGUGAGGCGCCGCUGGUCAAACCUCAUGUCUCUGCGCGAGAGAGUCCCGCGGAGCGAGGUCGGACCAAGAGUAAUUCUCCUGAACCAGAGAAGGACAAAGACAACGUGACCCGACCCGAGCAGAGCAAAGACCGAUCCAGAGGCCGCGACAAACGUGACAAGGAGCACGACGACGGCGAACCAGAUAACACCGGCUCCAGAUCGAGGACGGCUAGUAGAAGUCGCAGCCAGAGUCGGGACCACAGGAGCUCACGCCGACGUAGACGUCACCGCUCGGAGUCGGCGGAGGAUGAAGGCUACGACGACGAGUCCCGUCGUAAGAAGCAUAAGAGUCGACGGCAUUACCAUGAAGACGAGGAGUCCUCGCGCCCCAAGGAUAAGGAUGACAAGUACACGGAACGAUCCCGGUCAGCUUCCCCAGCCGACUCCAAGCGUUCGGGCCACCGUAGCCGCCGGGACAGAGACUCGGACAAGCGCAGAGACCGGGAAAGGGACAAGUACCGGGACGACGACCGCAAGAAGUCCUCGAGCCAUCGCUCCUCGCAUCGUGACAGGGACUACGAACGAGACCGACGCCGCGACAAAGACCGAGAGCGUGACAAGGACAGGAAAGAUCGAAAGGAUCGCCACCGAGACAAGGACCGCGACCGAGACCGAGACCGAGAUCGUGAUCGGGACUCGAGGUACAGCAGUCGUCGACACUCGACCGACGGGCCAGACACGCCCGCUGAGAAGGACUUCAAACCCCCGACUGGUCCGCGGGGCCACGAUGCAAAGGGCUCUUCCAGCAAAGCCGACAGCAGCACGCGGGACAAGGACAAGGAUCCGCAUACGCUGGAGCGCGAGGCGCGGGACCGCGAGCGGCUGCUCAAGGAAGCGCAGCGCAUAGCCGGGCUCGGGUGGAAGCGCAAUCGCGACGGCGAUGACGACGUCGGAUCCGGAUCCCGCAAGGGCCGGCGGACGGCGUCUUCUUCCACGGCGGCUGCCGGAGCCGGGCGCCGCAGCGAGGCCGUCAGCGGCGGCGAUGAAGAGGAGCGUAUGCGGAGGCUCGAGGCCGAGCGAGAGGGUGACCGGUGGAGGUAGACGCCUUCAACCGGACGUCAUUAAGACGGUAUCCCGCUAGCAAGAAGCACUCUAGCAAGCCCUAAAGCUCAAUGGAGCUAAGACUUUGGAAGACAAAACUGAUGCGCAGUUGUGGCGAUGGUGAGAGUGGUGUUUUUGGGCUUGGUGGUGAUGAGGAUCUUGCUUCUGCUUAAAGGGUUGUUGUUUGGGUGACGAGGCGUGUAUGAGGAAAAAAGGGGAACCUAAAAGAGAUCGCUGCUCACAGGCCACAAAAAUAACGGGACGGUGUGGCUGUAGUAUUUAAUACAGUCUCGUUUGGGAUUAUCUUGACAUUGUUGUCCGCGUUUGUGAUGUUGGCGUAG